AGCGGGACGCGCGCAGUGAAAUCGCGAUUGAAAUCGCGCCUCCGCGAAGAGAGACUUUGAAAACUUAACGUGGACAUUAUUAGGCCGCCAAUCAGAAAUGGCCAAGAAGCAACAUGGCUAUUAUCGAUAAGUCGUCCGAGCGGUCUGAGGCACUCUGAGGUCUGACUGGUCUGAGUCGCCGUAAUGCGCGACGCACAGUGACGCAGUUGGAUGCAACGCAACCAAACGUGUCACACCUCUCGCUACAGUCUCCCGCUACUCGGUUUAUUGCUUUAUUCUUUAUUCACCAUUAUCUGAAAGUGAUAUCAUUCCAAGAUAUAAUUUUCUUCAAGUUUUUCGCGACAGUUUCUGAACAAAGUCGAGAACGGAGAAAAGACCAUUUCCGACCAUUUUCAACGGCAUUUGGUAACGUUCGUCGCGACAGUUUUGUCAUCCGUCGUAAGCGUUUGACGCAAGAAAGAUAUGUCAUUGAACACAGCACACGCCAACGGUGGAGUUCUUCUCCAUUCCGGCGAGUGCAUCAUACUCUUUUGCGACAAUGUCAAUAUGGAAUUUCACGGACAAGAACAAGCGGAGUUUAUUGGGAAGAAGCAUGGCAGAUUGUACUUGACGACACACAGAAUGAUUUUCAAUGCUAAAGAUCAUAAAGAAAGAAUGCAGUCGUUCAGCUUCCCAUUUGUUACAUUGAGCGAAGUAGCACUAGAACAACCAGUUCUUAGUGCCAAUUAUAUAGGAGGCAAAUGCCGCGCUCAGCCCAAUGGUAAUUGGAUUGGAGAAUGCAAAUUUAAAUUGAGAUUCAAAAGCGGUGGGGCAGUAGAAUUUGCUCAAGCUUUGCUGAAGGCUGCAGCGAUGGCUCAACGCAAUGGUCCAGCAAAUGACGCCCCACCACCAUAUACACCUCCAUUGUCCGAUUGGUAUCCAGCGCAACCUGCAGCUUAUCAACCUCCUCCAACUGGAUAUUAUGGAUGGAUGCCUCCGACCAAUGUAUUCCCAGAUGUUCCACCAGGAAAUACAGUCUUUAUGACGGACAGUCCGCCACCGUAUCCCGGCAUACAGCCAGGAUACGGAUACGCGAGCGGCCCGCCACAUCAGGGCGCCGGAGCUGCAGUGGGACAACCAGGACCAAUGUCCCAUGCAGAUGCAAAGGCUGCUGAAGCUGCGCAGAGCGCAUAUUACGAUCCUAAUAGGCCUCAAUGCGCUUAUGUCCCACCACCAGAAUAUUAUGAGAGUCCACCAGCCUACACAAAGAAAUAUCAGUGAAAACAUAGCACCUUACAUAAGUGAAUUAUAUAGUGCAAUCGAAAUAUGCAUUCCAUUUUAGGCAAAUAUUGAAAAUUUAUAUGCUGUCGCGCAUUUAACGUAGCAAACUGUCAACGUUUGCAACUCUUGAAUCUGGAUAUUUAGAUUCAAGAUAACGAUUGAAGAUGCACUAGAUUUUUCUCGUUAUAGCUAUGCAAUGUUAAGCACAGGCAUCACUUCAGGUAUUAGCAACAAUACAGCUAUGUAUUAAUGCGAGUAUUAACAAUAAUUUCUUAAGUACAUGUUAUUUCUUAAAAACGAUUGUAUUGUUGUGUUUGUGACACGAGUCUAUAUAAUUACGGAAUAAAUGUUUACACUCAUGUAAAUACAUAA